CUUAAAUAAUUUAUUUUAUUUUAUUUUUUUCAAUUAAAUAGAGGAAGAUAUCAAAGCUGAAGCAUUGAGAAAUGGUAAAACUUUAAAAGUUAGUUUGGAAAGAAUUGUAUUGUAUGAUAAGAAUUCAAAUGUGAUAAAUGUAUCUAAUAAGACAAGUGAAUUACAUGAAGAGAAGUUAAAUAGAGAUAUACAACAGGAAUGUGACAUGGAUAUAAAUUUAGGAGAUUUAGAAUUACAUAUAAAUAAUGCAUUUGUAAAAUGUAAAAAUUCUAUUAUACAAACUAAUAAUGACUUAAAGGAACAGCAACAGAAUAAUGACAUUAUGUACAAACAAGGGAAUAUGCAACGCACAGAUGUAAAUAGUACCUUUGAGAAUACACUCUUCUCGAAAUAUAACAAGUCAAUGAUAGAUCAGGCAAAAAAUUCAUUAGUAUCAUUAGUUACAUAUUCACACAAAAAUGUAAAGGAAACACCAAUUGUUACUGAGAUAUCAGUAUCACCUACAAAUGAAUUACAAAUGGUGAAUGACAAAGAAUGUAAUAAGACUGUAGAAUUUUGUAAUGAUAAACUUACGAGUUUUGAAUUAAGCAAUAAUUACUCUUCUAAACAUAUAGAGAAAGAUACUUUAGUGGAUAUCCAACAAAGUACAAAGACAGGUAAAGAACUUGAAAAAAAGAGUACAGAAACACGUAAUAUCUCGCAUGAUUUAAAUGGAAGUACAAAUUUGCAAAAACAAAAACGUUUAAACAAUGAUGAAAGUAAUACUAUCAAAAAUGUAAAAAAAAUAAAGUUGGUUACGACCAAUUGGUGUGAAUUUUCAAGAGUUGAAAGUGAAACUAAUAAUAUGAAAAACAAUCCUAAUACCACAAUAAAUGUUGUAGCUUCAAAUACUACUAUAAAUGUUCCUGAAAUAAUACAAAGUACUGAUACACUGAAUAUACCGAAUGCAGGAAAAGAUAAUGAAGUGAGAACUAGUGAUGUGUUAGUUACAGAAGGAAAUUUGAACAUUACGCAAGGUAGUUUAAGUACAUCAACGCAAAUUUCAGUAGGAACUUUUGAAUAUAGUAAUAUACUAGAAUCUAAUACACAGAAUGAUACAAAAAAUUUGCAAGAUUUAGUAAUAGAAACAUCUGAAUCAUCUUCAAAAAAUGAAUUUUUAGCUUUAAGUCAAAUAAAUUCUAAUGAUGAUAGUUUCACGACUGAUGAAGAUGAUUGUAUUUCUUUAUUUGCUGAUUCAGAACUUCUAGAAGAAUUCGAUAUUUCAGGAACUCCGGUUCAAGAAAAAAUAAAUAAUUAUUUUUUGUAUAGUAAGAAGUCUUAUACUAUGACUGAUGAAGUUUUUGAUAAUUAUUACAAAAGGUGUUCUCUUGAAUUUGCAGAGACAUAUCAGGGUAAUGAUAUAAAUCAUAAUAAUAUUUCACAAAAACAAAAACAACUUAUGUGUCCAAUGGUAAAAGGCAAAUCAGGUGUGCUAUGCUCUCAAAACCCACAAACCCACAACAGUACAGAAGGAGUAGUAAAUAACAAAAAGCCCGUUCACUUUCUCAAUAUUUUUGGGGGUUACUGUUACAGCAUUAUAAGAAAAGGCAAUUGUCCUAAAAGUAGUACAUGUCGUUUUUCUCACCAAUUUUUAUCAUAUAUGACAAAAUUAUAUACAGAAGAUGAGCAAAAUUUUUUUGACGUAAUAGAUCAAAUGAUAUCCCACAAGUGUGAUGCGUUUUUAAAGAAAUUCUAUAACGAAUGUCUUUUUGGUCGUGUAAAUAUCACUUUUAAACUAAAAAUGUUAAAAAAAUUACACAGUACCAAAAUUAUAACAAACCAAACUGCAAGUGAUACUAUUGCACGCUUGAAAACAAGUGGAACUACUAUGAACGUAAUUAUUAAUUGUUUAGCAGCAAUAGUAGACAAUAAAGACGUAAAAUUUGUGAUGGACAUAUUAAUUAUAGUAUUAAAUUAUGUUCCACUUAGAGAAUAUUGGUCUACAACGAAACCACUAUUAAUGAAAGUGAAGCAACUGGAACUAAAAGUUAUACAUAUUCUUUUAUGUCAAUGCUUAGUAGAUAAGACGUAUGUUCAAGAGAUAUAUGAUAUUGUCAUUUGUAAACUCAGUGAUGAGACCCGCAAAAGGGUUGAUGGAAGAUUAUUAUCACUUGUUAAUAACAUACUCGAAGAGAUAAAAGGUAAUAAAGUAAUUAAAAAAACAGAAGCGGUGAGGCCAAUUAAAAUUACAUUAUCUAAUCCAACAAAUGUAACGAAUGAGCCGGAAAGUGCAUUGUAUACAACAAACAAAGAUGUUAAUACGACGAUACCAAACGCGAGAGGGAACGGUGUUCUUAGCAAUAAAGACAGUGUGCAAAAUAAAACUCCCCCGGUUAGAUUGCGCCGGAUAGUCAAUUUACCGAAUACAUAUUCGGUAGAUGAUAGAAAAAUGUUUGGGAAAUUUUAUGCGAAAGUACACAGUCUUCAGAAAGGACUUAAUCAAAAUGAUUACGAAUAUAUUAAGAAUAUCUUGGACGCGGCGCAGCCGAAUGAAGUGUGCCUAUUUAUUCGUGCCUUUUAUAAUAUUCUGCGCAAUGAAGUUGAGCGUUCUGAAUAUCACUUGAGUAUGCUCUCUUUAGUUGCAGCCCAAACCGGGGCAUCAUCGACGUUUUAUAAGAUAUUUAACGACGUCACGAUACAUAUACUGGUCACGUUAGCCGAGAGGGAACUUUGGGUUCUAGCGUUUAAACUGCUUAAAAAUAUCGAAAUUCUGUUACACGAGGAAAGUAGCUUAUGUAAAUUCGACGCCGGUGUUCUAAUGCUUUUUGCUGAAAUUUAUUUAGCAAAUCAUAAACCCUUAAAGGCUUACAACCUUCUUAAGCAGAGUAAUAUUAUUUACACGUAUCGCGGUAAGUGGAAGGUACGAAAUAAUGUAAGGGAUGAUGAUAUCAGAGCACAGAUAGUACCUGUACUUUUAAAUAUGUUAUGCGAAACGUCUUCGAAACAUGCUUAUUAUCUUUUCGAAUUUUUAAUUAUGAAUCAGAGCAAUAAUUUUUAUCCAAUAGAUCUAUCGAAUUGUGCGAAUAAGGUAAUAUCCACAGUUUUAUCGAACAACGAUCACGAUUUAACUGUCAGCAUUGGGAAAUUAAUUGAUAUUUACGAUUGUACACCGAAAACAAUCACGUAUCGUGCACUGAUUUCUUCAUUAGUUCGGAUAGAUCUGACAUUGGCUAAAGAACUGUACGAAAGUGCGGUGCUUUUAGGCGUGUACCCGAAAGUACAGUUUGAUCCAGUAGUACAUAUUAUUGUAAAAUCCGACUGGACGAUCGAAGAAAUGUAUCUCACGAUUUUAAUGUUAACGCAACAAAUAAUAGUAAAUGCUGGACACGCAUUGGAUGGUAUCGGCCCAAAACAAUGUUCCGUGUAUCUCCUUUUUGAGAACACUCCUUCGGAACAACAACUUGUUCACGAUGAAGGGAUAAAUAUACUGUAUGAGCAUAAAAUAGAGCAAAGUAAAAUGUUAAUGAAAAGAGUGCUCGAAGAACGAUUUGAUCCACCUCUUUCGUUGGUAUCGCGAAAGAAAGGUAAACUGCAGAAAUUAAAUAGUGUAAACCUUUAUAGAUAUUUACAACACAAUCAGAAUUUUAUACAAUCGCAUUAGCUAUAACGAUUAGUGAGUUUUUUUGAUUACGAUGAAUUUAAACAUAUUUAAUUUAUGAACAAUUCAAUAGGGAAGAAAGACUUUAAGUUGAUUAUUUUCCAAUGGAUUAACGUAUCUUACAUAGAAACGUGUUUUGCGUUAUAAAUCGUACAAUCAUGUAUAACCUUCAUAAUAAUUUCAGAUAUACAAGUAUACAAGUAUUUAUUUAUAAUUUUUCAAUACUUUUAAACACGUCCUAAAAGUAUCAUGUAAUU